AUGGCUUCCAACAAGAGACAGCUUGCGCUUUUUUCAGCCUUGAAUGCAGUUCUCGUGAGUUUUUCAACGUCGUUACAACUACUAAGUAUUUUGGUAUUGAAAUUUUUACAAGAACAGAGGAGGCUCAACAAUUUGAGAUAUCAAGCAGUUAUGGAGAGAAAUACAGCAUUGUCGAGGUACAGACGUGCAAGGUUGAGAUAUGUUAGAAGCAAGAGAAAAUGCUGGAUUAAACCUGGAAGAACUGAUAAAUGGUGGGAUAACUUGCACAUUGUUGGUAACAUGUGUGACGAUACUUGGUUACAAAACUUUAGAAUGACAAAACAACAAUUUAUGAAACUUGUCGAAUUAAUUAGACCUUACGCAAAGGAAAGGUCUUCACAAGUCCGCAAAGACGUAAUUCCGCUAGAAAAACGACUAGCUAUUACGCUUUAUUACUUGAAGGACCAAGGUUCUCUUUUGAUGAUUGGCAAUACAUUUGGCAUAGCAAAAAGUACGGCAAGUGUUGUUGUACAUGAAAUAUGUGGCAUAUUAGCGAAAGAUAUCGCUUCUUUGUUGAUAAAAUUCCCAGUGGAAAAGGCUGAUGUGGAAAAGAUUUCCAGUAACUUCCUAAAACGAUUUGGAUUCCCUCAGGUGAUUGGUUGUGUUGAUGGCACACACAUCCCAAUAAAACAACCCUCAGAAAACUCUCAUGAUUACUUUUCCUACAAGAUGUAUUACUCGAUCAAUUGUCAAGCAAUAUGCGAUGCGAAUGGACAAUUCACGAAUGUCGAAAUUAAAUGGCCAGGCAGUGUUCAUGAUGCUAGAGUUUUUGCUAACUGCACGGUUCAGGAAAAGUAUCUUAAUGGAGAGUUUAAAUUAUUUUACAAGGAGAUCGUAGAGGAUGGUGAAUCCGUGCCACAGUUGCUUUUGGGAGAUCCUGCAUACCCUCUUUUACCACAUGUGAUGAAGGAGUUCGAUCAUUGCAUAUCGAAUGAACAAGUCAUAUUCAAUCAAAUGUUACGCUCCGCCCGUAACCAAAUAGAAUGCGCAUUUGGAAGGCUUAAAGCUAGGUGGAGAAUUUUAAAUCGCGCUAUGGAUCUGCAAGUGAAACAUGUUCCAAAUGCUAUACUAGCUUGUUUUGCAUUACACAACUUUUGCGAAAUCGAAAAGUCGUUUGUAGACCCGAAGGUCGUAGAGGAAUUGGCAUUGAAAGAACGCAGCCUUGUAAACACAGUUGAUAAACUUAACUCUUACACAACAACUUCAGGAACCAGGGUUAGGGAUACUUUAGCAAACUAUUUCAAAGAGCUUUUGCAA